CAAUGCGAAAGACUGAAUUACAGCGUAGUUAUUUAUUAAUAAAACGUUUGUUUCAAACCCAAAGUGCCGUACAGUAUGCGAAACAGCAGCCACGCAACCUUAAGGGAAGAAGCAAAAGCUCACAGGAUUGGCUUACGCGGCAGCUAGCCGAUCCCUAUGUGGAGAAGGCGCGCAUGAUGAAUUAUCGCUGCCGCAGUGCAUUUAAGCUUAUGGAAAUGGACGACAAGUACAAAAUACUAAAGCCGGGUGAUAUGGUGUUGGAUUGCGGUGCAGCUCCAGGCAGUUGGACACAGGUGGCAGUGGAGCGUACCAAUGCAGCCGGAAAGCAGGAGCGUGCGCCCCAAGGAGCAGUUUUCAGCAUUGACCUAUUGCAUUUUCAUGCUGUGCCGGGUGCGACCAUAUUUGGUGGCAUGGAUUUUACCACAUCGCUAGCCCAGCAGCGUCUGCGAGAAUCCCUUGCCGGUCGACAAGUCAACUGCGUGAUGUCCGAUAUGGCUCCCAAUGCAACAGGAGUACGCAUGCUGGAUCAGGAAAGCAUCACCAAUCUAUGCUAUGAAGUGCUACGCUUUGCUUUAGCUAUGUCAGCGCAUGGAGCUAAUUUGGUAGUGAAAAUCUGGGACAACGGCGAUGUUCCCAAAUUAGAACGCGAUAUUCAGACAUACUACGAAAAAGUUAAGCGAGUUAAACCUCGAGCCAGUCGUGGAGAUUCGGCUGAGCAUUUUCUGUUGGCAAGAGGCUUUAAAGGCUUUCCGCCUGCGCCCACAUAG